AUGAGUAUUAAACAUACUUCUCAUGAAAUAGAACCUAACAACUCAUCACACUUUGAAUCUCCGUCAUUACCUUUAGAUACAAGUAUCAUUGAACCUCCUUUCUUGCAGUACCAAGUUGCAAGUACUACCCCUAUGGUCGAAGAACAAUUUAUUAUUGAUGUAGCUAUUAAUUCUCUUUAUAAAUCUGCUGUAGAAUUUAUUGUUGGUUUACACAAUAAUAAUAAUUUUACCAAAAAAGAUGUCAACAAUAUUCAAUCUGGUAUAAUACAAAGUUUACUGACACCAAUGGUCUCUAUACUGAAAAAUGUUGUUAAAACUGAAGUUAAAGAACCAUUAUCUUUGUCAAAAUUUGAUAAUAUUCUAACAGCUAUGUCCAACCCUUUUCAAUUUUGUACUUCAGAAUACAUUUUGUUAAAAUGGUUAGCUGCAAAUGAUCUUAUAUCUGUAGUAAAACAAUUUACUAUUCAUAAUGAAAUUUGUCCUGUUCAACACCUGGGUGAGACUGUGUAUGAUGAAAAACAAACAAAGGGUGCUCUAUUACCAUUAAAACUCCAGUUUAAAAAAUAUUUUGAGCAUUCUGACAAUUUUAAAAAUCAAUUAAAUAGACUUAAAAGAUUACAACUGAGUAAUGACAAUAACAUAACUAAUUUUGUACAAGGUAAACUUUGGAAACAGAAAAUGUCUCAUCAUAGUAGUGACAAAAUACUAAUUCCAUAUUUUCUUUAUAUUGAUGACGCUGAAAUCAAUAAUCCCUUAGGUUCACAUGCUAUGCACCAACAAAUUUCAGCAAUUUAUUACAGCUUUCCUCUUGCAGAGAAUAGUUCAAAGCUAUCAAAUAUUUUUUUAGCCGCUCUUAUUAAAUCUUUAGACUUAAAAGAAUUUGGAAAUGAUCUCUGUUUGCAAACUUUAAUUUGUGAAAUUAACUUGUUAGAAAAUGAUGGCUUGGAUAUAGUUACUGAAUGUGGUAGUUUCCAUGUUCACUUUAUUCUAGGUAUAGUACUUGGUGAUAAUUUAGGUAUGAAUAGUAUUUUAGAAUUUAGUAAGUCUUUUUCUGCGAAUUACUUUUGUCGUUUUUGUAAAGUCGAUAAAUUAAGGUCAAAACAAAUGUGUGAAGAAGACAUUAGUUGUAUGCGAAAUAUUGAUAAUUAUAAUAUAGACAUUGAUAUCCAAAACUUUUCUGAAACAGGAAUUUACAAAGAAUCAAUAUUAAAUCAAAUCCAAAGUUUUCAUGUGACUCAAAAUUUUUGUGUGGAUACUAUGCAUGAUUUGUAUGAGGGUGUUUGUCAUUAUGAUAUGUGUCAUAUAAUUAAAUAUUUUAUCAACACAGCUAAACUAUUUACUUUAGAAACAUUGAAUAAACGAAAAUCAAAUUUUAACUAUGGCCCAAUAGAGUUUGGUAAUAUUUCUCCCGAAAUUUCAAUUAAUCAUUUGAAUAAUUGUCGUUUGAAGAUGUCUGCUAGGGAAGUAAUGACAUUUAUACAUUUUUUUCCUCUUAUGGUAGGAGAUUUAGUGCCAGAAAAUGAUGAAGUUUGGUCAUUUUUUUUAAUAUUACUCAAAAUUGUUGAUAUUUUGUUAUCAUACACUUUUAAUGCAGAUGCAAUUAGUUAUCUUAAACAAUUAAUAUCAAAACAUAACAAUCAAUAUAAUCUACUUUUUAAUGACACCCUAAAACCAAAACAUCAUUUCUUAGUUCAUUACCCAACUGUUAUAGAAUAUUCAGGUCCUCCUCGAUUGUAUUGGUGUUUUCGAUUUGAGGGAAAACAUAAAGAAAUGAAAAUGUAUGCCAGAUCAACAACAUCCCGAAAAAAUAUUACCUUAACACUAGCUAAUAAAUUUCAAUUAAAAUUUGCCCAUCUGUUAUUACAACCCACAUUGUUAAAAAUUAUAUCAAAAGAAAAACAUAAAAUACAAACUAAACAUAUAGAGUUGAUUAGUAAGACAUUGAAUUUAUCUCCAUCUAAGUAUUCUUGUUACAAUUACUUAGAGUUUAAUGGGAUUGUUUUUAAAGAAGGUUAUUAUUUAAGCAAAUUUUUAAAUGAAAUAAAACUGUUUAAAAUAACUGAAAUAAUUGUAAUUGAAAAUAAUGAUGAUACAGUUUUAAUUUUAGGGGAACAAAUAUUGUUUGAAAAAUUUGAUCCUCAUUAUGAAUCCUUUGUAAUAAAUGAAAAUACAAAUGAACUAAGUAAUUUUUCUAUUUAUAGCACAUAUGAUUUCAGUGGCCCACCCAUAAAUAUUACAAAUGUGGCAAAUGGUAAAAAAAUGCUUAGAUUAAAAGAGUUUUAUUAA